AUGGGGUGUGUGACUGUGAUCGAGCCUGUGGUGGGUUUGCAUGCCUUUGCUACGUUUAUGACCUACCCGCUACUACAGCAGUAUGUCUACAGAAGACUAUGGGAACAGUUGAAUGGUUCUCCAUUCCCUAUCAAUAUAAACCAGUCUCACUGCUCCAACAACUACACCAAUCUGAGUAUUCAUCAGGCUGUGCAGAGAGAGACGUCUCACUUCCUCAUCCAGACUGAGCUGUCCUUCCUCUUUCCCAGUCUGGUCUCCUCACUGUUUCUGGUGUCAUACAGUGACUCUCAUGGCCGCAAGGUGGCGAUGGUGCCUCCUUUGGUGGGCAGUCUUCUCUUCACAUUCACUUACUUCAUAGUGAGCAAAUACUCUCUCAGCUUCAGCUACCUUCUGUGUGCUGCUUUCCUUGCUGGGCUUUUUGGGGGUACAAGCACUCUGAUUGGAGGCUGUUUCUCUUACAUUGCUGACUGCUGUGGAGAAGACUUGACUGAGAAGAGAAAAAGAGAGAAGACUGUUCGAAUGGCCCGUCUAGACAUGGUUCUAGGUGUCCUGUCUGGUUUAGGCUCCCUUUGCACUGGGUUCUAUAUUCAAGCUGCUGGCUUCAGCUGGCCUUUCCUUUCAGCAUCCAUACUCCAUCUGCUCACCCUUAUUUAUGUGCUGGGGAUUCUGAAAGAGCCUCAGGGUCCUUCAGUACAAAAUCUGACCCCUAACCAGAGUUCUUCAAGCCACAGGGCAGUUGCUGAGUCUCCUGAUCUAGCCAGGCCUCAGGUCAUGACCAGGCGCUUUCAUGGAGUCUACCUGCUUUUUGCAGCUUCUACAAGGAGACGAAAUGCAGUACUGCUGCUCAUCCUGAGUGCCUUUGUCUUCUACAAGAUGUCCAAAUUAGGUGCCAUGCCCAUCUUUCUCCUGUAUGAGCUGAAUCCUCCGCUGUGUUGGAGUGAGGUACUCAUUGGCUACGGAUCUGCUCUUAACACUCUGAUCUACCUGAGCAGUUUUGCUGGUGUGUCAUUGCUGUCACGAUGGUUGCCUGAUGCUCACAUCACCCUGCUUGGACUACUGAGUCUGGCCACUGGCUUCUUCAUGGCCACCUUUGCCAAGACCACACUGCUUAUGUUUCUGGUGCGACUUCCUCUACUCCUGUCCAUCAUGCCUGCUCCUGUGAUGCGCUCCAUGAUGUCCAAACUGGUGCUGAGCUCUGAACAAGGUGCUGUGUUUGCAUGUAUGGCCUUUGUGGAAAUGUUGAGUAUGGGUGUGGCAUUCCCAGUGUUCAGUAGCAUCUAUGCUGCUACCAUCUCCUGGUUCCCUGGGUUCAUAUUCCUUCUAGCUGCUGGUUUUACUUUAAUACCAGCAUUACUGAUUGGUGCUAUGCUCUGGCUGCGACUGGACAUGGAGGAGGAGUCCAAAAUCCUGACCUCUGAAGAUGACAAUGAGGACAGCACAGGACCUGAGACACUUCACCAGCAUAAUUAAUGAAACACAGUUACUCAAAAUAUAUUGCACUUUGGAACAUAAGCACAGCAUUAAUGAUGUUAA